CCUCCCUGCGAAGUGUAAAGGAACAUGAAUUUGGAGAACGUUCGCUCAGACUCGUCCGGGAGGUCCCUCGAUUAGCUGUCUUGGAUGUAAAUAUGACGCCCGCGCGUUACUUUCCGCGGAAGAGGGUGCUCCGUGUUGUGUGACGUACAGUGAAAGGGUUGUUACAGCGCGACGCCUGUCGUACAUCCCGGAUGCUGCGAACUCGAUUUACCUCUGUCAAUCGUGUUACUGUUGAUUCUCUCCGUCGAGCAGAAAGAUCGAAAAUUUUUUUUGGAAACGUCACAUGAAUUUGCGGUGUUUAUGUGAACAUAACGGGAGAGAGACGAUGCGUCGAUAAUAAUUAAUCUUGUGACGUGCCAGGCGGUAUGUGACUUUCAAUUUAAGAACAGAUUGGCGGAUCUCAAGGUGUCACAAUUCAGAGUGGAUAUGGUAACUAUGAACUCGGAAAAAUCGGCUUGUCGCCGAAAACCAAUAGAGAAAAGUGGCAGCGGUAAUAGCAGCAAGAAUAAGCAGGCGCCCGAGCAUGUCGAUGAUGUAGAUAAAAGGAAUGAGGACGGUCACACGAACGAUUCCCCUGAUUUGUCUCCCAAUACCCCAACGUACAACGUCACUGCCUCUUGCGCCGAAGACACCCCUAAUUACCUCGUCUAUAAAAAGAUGGAAUCGAUCGUGGAAAAGAUGUUGGACGAAUUUACCGGUGUGCCCGUAAAAACAGUCAAGACUUUCAUGACGAAGACGCCGUCUGUUUUUACAGGCACAGAUCUAAUAGCAUGGAUGAUGAAGAGCAUGGAUAUAGAUGAUCAAGAGGCUCUUCACGUGGCUCACCUCAUGGCAUCUCAUGGAUAUUUUUUUCCUAUCGACGACCACUGCCUUACCGUAAAGAACGACAACACAUUCUACAGGUUUCAAACGCCGUACUUUUGGCCAUCGAAUUGUUGGGAACCCGAGAACACUGAUUAUGCUGUCUAUUUAUGCAAAAGGACGAUGCAGAAUAAAACGCGAUUGGAGUUGGCGGAUUACGAGGCGGAAAACCUGGCUAGGUUGCAGAAGAUGUUUUCGCGAAAAUGGGAAUUUAUUUUUAUGCAGGCAGAAGCGCAAAGCAAAGUUGACAAGAAAAGAGAUAAAUUAGAAAGAAAAGUCCUGGAUAGCCAAGAGAGAGCCUUCUGGGAUGUACAUCGACCAAUGCCCGGAUGCGUGAACACUACAGAGCUGGAUAUUAAGAAGGCUUGUCGUAGUAACAAAACUGUCACACAACCGAGUAAGCAUUUGCAACUGGGCGUCGCGGGUGGCAGAAUAUCACCGUCUCCAGAAUCGAGUACGACCUCAUCGAUAGAAUUUUUGCAGAAAGAGAUUGAGACUCUGAAAGACAGACUGGACAAGCCCGUCAUCAAGGUCUCGAAAGUAGCCGAAGCUUUGAUCGGGUACUUUGAACAAUACAUGGAAUACGAUCCCUUUUUCACCCAGCCCGAGCUGACGAAUCCAUGGAUAUCCGAUAGUCCGGAAAUGUGGGAGCAGGAGAAAUUAGCGAAAGAAAUAGCCGCGAGAAGAGUAAAGAGGUGGGCGUUCAGUCUUCAAGAACUCCUACAGGAUCCCGUUGGUAGAGAACAAUUUAUACGCUUUUUAGAUAAAGAAUUUAGCGGCGAGAAUCUCAAAUUUUGGGAAACCGUUCAGGAAUUGAAAACUUUACCGCAGAAAGACGUCCAGAUGAAAGUCGAAGAGAUAUGGCAUGAAUUUUUGGACACGGACGCCAGUUGUCCCAUCAACGUCGAUUCUCGGUCCUACGAGGUUACCAAAAGAAAUCUUGAAAAGCCAGACCGAUGGUGUUUCGAUGUUGCUGCGGCGCAUGUGUAUCAUUUAAUGAAAAGUGAUAGUUACUCGAGAUAUUUACGCUCGGAAAUGUACAAGGAUUUCCUUAACGGAUCCAAGAAAAAGACUUCUGUAAAAGGCAUUCGCUCUAUCGUUUCCUUCACAGGACGAAGAGACACAACAACUUCGUAACCUGCCACUUUUUAGCACUUGUUAUAAUCUUACAUCUCUUCUUGUCAUAUAUUUCCGCUUUUUCUGACUUCCGUCGAAAAAAAUUGCACAAAACUGUCAACAACAGAAGUUUUAAGUUUUAAAAAAGAUGUUUUUCUAUUCAAUUUUAUCUUACAUUACCGAUACGUCUCUGUAAUUAAACAUUUGAUAUCGGUAAUUUAUACAUAUAUAAUGAUAAAACUAUAAGAUUGCUUAAAAUCUUAUCAAGGAAUCGUACGUUUUUCAAAUUUCCAUUAUAAUAUAAGAUCUCGAUCGCAAAUCAAUUCUUGCAUUCGUUCCAAUAUUUCACAUUUAUUAUUUAUGACAAGAAAAAAAAAACAAUUCUAAUUAGAAUCUCUUAUCACAUCUUAUCAUAAAUUUGAAAUUGCACGCAUUUUUCCAUCGUUUUCAAAGCAUUGUUGUCUAAACAUUUAACAUUCAGAAUUCAAAAAUUUAGAAAAAGAUAACGCGCUGUCAAAAUUUUUAUUGAUGCAGAAAAUCGGUCAUUUCGAAUUUCAAAAAUUUAGCCAAUGAAAAUAUAUCGGAAUAUCGUAUUUUCGUCACGUAUCCGCAUAGAUACACGCUUAUUUUGUUUAGGAAACAUAUUUAAUACUACGGCAUAUAUACUUUUGGAUAAAUCUAACAAGUAGAAAUAAUGCGUGUAAAUAACGCGUUUUCUUAAUCUGCGAAAUGCAUUUAGAUAUAUCAAAUUAAUUAUAAUAGCGAACUGAAAAAUUAGGGGAAUGUUAGAAUAAUACGAAUUGUAUGACACGCGUAAAUUAAUUGUACAAGCGAUCCAGUCGAGAGAGAACUAUUGUAUCUUCAACAAAUGAAGCAAGAGAAUUGAGCAAAAGACACGCACAGAUAUGUACAGAAAUAUAUUUUGCAUAUAGCUUUACGCAUCGCAAAUAAUCUCAA